GCAGCUGUCUGUCAAGUUGGUAAUGCCACAUGAAAACAUGUAUAUAACGAAAAUCUGCAGUGAAAUCUGCGUGCUUCUACACGGAAGAUCUGUCGCUGGGGGCUUACAUUUCAGGAGCAUGUUCCUUCUAGCAUUGUUUGUCAGCUUAGUCAACGUUAUAUUAGCAGUCUCUCUCAGGGAAGAAUUAGUUUACCCAAAGCUGUUGCAGCAGAGAAGCGACGACGGACGGCUGCUCCUCCGAAUUAACGACGACAUGACGUUGCACCUGCAGAGGAGCUCAGUGUUGGCCGGUGACCUCUUCUUCACGACCAAUGCCGGCAGGCAGUCCGAAGACACAUUGUGGAAUGGAUCUCGUAUAGAAGAAAACCUUUACCACGACAGCAAGUACCAAUCUUCGAUUAUGCUUUACCAAGACGACCACGCAUUGAAAGUGGAAGGUAUAUUAAGCCCGACAUUGAGGAUAAAACCAAUGUCAUCAAGCGAACGCUCCGGAGAUGCUGCAAUUACUUCAUAAACUCUAUGAAAUUGACGACAUAAAGCGAAACUUUCUCGAACCGGCUAACACUUGGAUCGUCCCCUUCAACGUCCCUUGGUUCAACGUGCCAUGGGAGCAGCCGACUCAGCCACCACCACCACCAACAACAACAACACCACCACCACCGGCGAAAAAGGAGCUACCCGAAGAGUACGUCAUGGAAAUACACGUGGUUUCUUGCAGCAGCCAUGAGAGGCAGUUCGAGACAAACGAAGAGCUAAUCGCCUACAUCGCCGUCCUAAUGAACGCAGUGAAUAUAUGGUACGAAGGAAUGCAGAACCCGAGAAUAAGGACGAAAAUCGUAGGCAUUACUCGCAAUACAGAUGGCGACUACGAAGUAAGGGAAGAGGGUUAUUUAGUUGCUGACAGAACUCUCAAGAGAUUCGCAGAAUAUGUCGACGAAAAUAUCCCUGGAAACCCCGACGCCGUUUACUUGAUGACCAGCCAGGAAAUGGCAUCUAUUUCGCUUUCUGGAACUAUCGACACUGGCGUCGCUGGCCUGGCAUUCGUCGGAACGCUGUGUACAUACCAGAAUGUUGCCAUUGGUGAAGACCCGGCUGGCAGCUUCAAAGGAGUCUACCCUGCCGCUCACGAACUUGCGCAUACGUUGGGCUCAGUCCAUGACGGUGAUCCCAGAAUUAAAUCCAUACCUAACCACGCCGGAGCGAAAGAUUGUCCCUGGGAAGAGGGCUACCUCAUGAGCUACACGGACGGGGGCACUAACAAGUUCGAGCUGUCGCCAUGCAGCCAAGCCCAGAUACGGGCACUACUCAGGUACGUGCCACAGACAUGCCUGGACGAAAAAUCCGACAAGGAUUACAUGGCGACUCAUCGUAAAGUACCAGGCCAACUGAUCAGCGCCGAAGAUUACUGCAAUAUUCUGAUGAAGAAUCAUGGACGCGGAAUUCCAUUAAUGAAAACAGACUUGCUAAAAGAAUGCCGGUUUCAAUGCUGUUUGCGAACGUACUAUGGCCCUGGUAGGUGCACUACGGAAUUCGUCCCCGAAGGAAUGCAGUGUGGUGAAGGCAAGACUUGCCGAAAGGGUAUCUGCGGCGACUUCAAAUGGGAGCGCUAGCACUUUCACGGUCACAUCAACCCCUUCAAAAUGCGUCACACUGUGACGUGCUUGCAUUUAUCUCGUUAAUGGCGGAAAUCACGCUAUCGUGAAAAUCAAUGCCAAGAAUAAAGGUUUUUUUUUCUUG